GUGGGAGCCGCCUGGCAGCAAUUCGCUGCGUCGGACUUUUACCAGCAAACAGCCAGCAUCGAACGCAUCGAUAACUCUCGUUGUCGUGACACCGGCAUGCCCCAGAUAUGCUCUUGAGAAAUAGUCCCCUGAGUGUGUUUGGCUGCGACUGACAAGAUGGUGUUCAUCUUCGGCGUCAACUUCCACGAGCAAAAGCUCGUCAAGAAAGCGCUCGAGUCCUUCUACGCCCUCGGCCCGCAGACAUCGGCGCGCAUUCUUGCCAAAUACAGCAUUCACCCGAGGGCGAAGAUGGGCAGCCUGCAGCCCAAGACCCUCACUGCGCUGACGGCCGAGUUGUCGACCAUGACCAUCGAAAACGAUGCGCGGAAGAUCGUCCGGGAUAACAUCAGUCGGCUACGUGACAUGGGCACAUAUCGCGGCAGGCGCCACGCCAUGAAUCUCCCCGUCCGCGGCCAGCGGACAAGGAACCAAAUUGCGACGGCCAGGAAGCUCAACAAGAUCCAGCGGGCGGGUUAGGAGGGAAUGGACAGGUUCAAGCGAAGGGGCUGAUGCACGGAAUCUGGGUCUGGGCGAGCUACGCACCGCUAGGUCAUGGCAUGGGUCGGCUUAUAUUGAGUUGUCUCGGUUGGCAACCGUGUUCGGAGGAAG